UGCGUAUCAGGUUCCUUUAGUAUAUGACGAUCGGCCGUAGGAACCAAGUUUUAGAAACGAUCCCUAAUAAAUUGUUCCCUUGAUUUCCACUUUGUAAGAAAGAGGAAACAAUGGCUGGCAUCAUUCAGAGAAGGUUAUGGCGGUUUGCAUCGAUGAGAUCUGCAAAUCCUUCAUGGAUAACAAGACGGUUUGCCAGCGAUGCGCUGGUCACCGCAGAGGUUAAGCCCGGGGAAAUCGGUGAAGUUGCAGGAAUUCCUCAUGAGCAUUUGAGUCGCAGGGUUAUUAUCUAUUCCCCAGGACGGACACCAACACAGCAAGGGUCUGCAAAAGUAGGAACGUGGAAAAUUGAUUUUAUGUCAACACAAAAGUGGGAGAAUCCUUUGAUGGGGUGGACUUCAACAGGUGAUCCAUAUGCAAAUGUGGGGGAUGCUGGGCUUUACUUUAAAAGCAAAGAAGCUGCUAUAAAUUUUGCUGAGAAACAUGGGUGGGAUUAUAAGAUCAAGGAACCUCACACCCCACUUCUAAGGCCUAAAGCAUAUGCAGAUAAUUUUAAGUGGAAAGGUCCUCCAGCCUGUGAAGAUGCAUGAUAUGACUUUGAGGAACAUCUCAAAUCUCCACAUUGUACAAGGGUGUCAGAAUCUAUUCAUCUUUUGUACAAAAUACAAUUUGGAUUUUCUUAUCAUGGACAUGAUUUCAGUGUGUAGAAACUAUGAUGGUCAAAAUUUGAAAAUAAAAGAUUUUUUAUUUGCUAAA